AUGGGAGAAAUCAAGGCACUGGCGUUUACAAAUGCCAAUAGCAUGGAAGGAACAAUUCCUCCUGAGAUUUCUUUGCUGGGAAAAAGCUUGCAGUCCAUCGAAGUGUUCGGGCAAUUGGAUCUCAAGGGCACCAUCCCAACUCAAGUUGGACUACUGACAAAAUUGACUCAAUUAAUAUUGGUUGCAACAAAUAUUGUUGGAACACUUCCAACCGAGUUUGGACAACUGCAGAGUCUUCACUGGCUUCAACUUGUUCUGACACCAAUUCAUGGGCAUAUUCCUUCUGAGAUUGGACAACUGAGCAAAUUAUCAACAUUUACUGUGGGGAAAGUUGAUCUAACAGGUUCAGUACCAGGUGAGCUUUACAAAUUGCCUGCCCUGCAGUCUCUAGAAGUUCUUGAGUGCCCUGGGCUGGAAACUGAAUACAGCCUUCAAGAAGUCAUUCAGGCUGCAAAAAAGCUUCGUUCGCUUAUGCUAUCAAGCCAAAGCAAUGGGACAGUAAUGUCAAUUCCAUCUGGACUUGGAAAGCUGACAGAACUGGAACACCUCUAUUUGGUUGACUGGACAAAUCAGGGCACCUUCCCGAGUGAGCUUGGGCAGUUGACAAAGCUGACCACCCUGGUAUUGGAUGGGAAUUCUAUCUCUGGAACUUUGCCCCAUGAGGUCUUUGAACUGACCGAGCUGACCAACCUCAAUGUUGGCUCCAACCAGUUGCAGGGCACACUACCGCCAGUUCUCUUUUCCAAACUUUCCCACCUGCAGUUCAUAGACAUCAACGGCAGAACAGGCACUGUUCCUACAGAAGUGGGCCAACUGUCUCGUCUCAGGAAGCUAGAAUUUCAGAAUACCAACCUUUCUGGUACCCUCCCUACAGAAAUACUUGCACUGGAGAAAUUGACCAGCUUGGUAGUCACAGACACAUCCUUGUCCGGCAGCAUCCCUGAAGAGCUGUGUGACAGAAUGUACCAGCAGGAAGUGAAAUGCUAUGGUCCUCCACCGUGUAAAGUCUUCCGAGUGAAUACCAGCACAACUGCUUGCCAUGGCACUUCCCUCUGUGGAUGUGAUUGUGGUCCUUGCAAACUUGACUAG